CGCUCCGACUCUGUGGCCCAACACUUGGUUUUAUGCUCUCAUCCUAUUGUCUGACUUAUUAUGAAAACCCAUUUCUUGAUCCGGGUAUCGAUAGGCGUGACCCUCGAUGGGUGGGUGCUUGGUGGAUUGGGUUUAUUGCAAUCGGCACCGGUAUACUCAUAUUCACAAUCCCAAUGUUUCUAUUUCCCCGAAGUUUUACUAAAUGUGAUAAUAAAAUCAGUGAUGCACUCAAUGGUAACGCCAUAACGAAUGGAAGUCCUGCUAAAGUGUCUCAAGAAAAAACUAUAUGGGAGCGUACUCUACUCCUGGUCAAAAAUCCCAUUUAUGUUUGCUAUGUAUUGGGAACGACUGCCCGACUGUUUGCAGUGCUC